AAGCAGCGUCGAAGCGGCCCCGCACUACGUUUGUCAAACUGCGGAGGGAUCUUCAAUCGAUUUCAACAAUCGGAAAGACCGACCUAGAGGCGCAGAUGGAAUCUACUUUCAAUGUUUUGAAGACUCAAAGGACUGUUGGGAAGUCUUUCAUAGAGCCACUUCUAGGGUCGUGAAGAAAAGUACAAGGUGAAUUUUAGAGUCCCACGAUCAAACACGCGCUGGUACAGAAACGUAACUUGAGAGUAACCAGCUGCACAAUGGACUCUCCGUCCUCUUCCAUCGCCGAACAUUCAUCCGAGCCACCGCGGCCGACGACGAAGAAACAGCAUGCUCUGCAGGAGCUGCUCGCGUCAGAGAGGGCAUAUGCAUCUGACCUGGUUCUGGUACGGGAGGUACACAUGCCGUUAGCAAGAGGACAAGAUAUAGAGCUGGCUUCGCCCUCAUCGUCAUCGAUGAUGGACUCGCCACCCAUGACGCCGGACGACGCCAGGAUCAUCUUUAGCAACAUCGCUGAUCUGGCCGUGUUUGCCAACGACUUUUGCGAUGCGUUGCAAAUGGCUCUCGAUGAGGACAAUGUUGGGGACCUCUUCCUCAAGAUGAUACCCGACAUGGAGCGCCCGUACAAGUUCUACAUAUCUCGCCAGGAUACGGCGUCAAGCCAUCUCCAGUCGCUACCCGUGACCCCGGCACUCACCGCAUACCACGCCCAGACACGCACCAUUGCUGCCUCGCUAUCUCAUGCUUGGGACCUGCACUCCAUGCUCAUCAAGCCCGUCCAACGCUUGCUGAAAUACCCCCUUCUCCUUACUACAAUUCUUGAAGAAACCCCGGAUGAUCACCCCGACAAGGAAAACAUACGUCUCGCGAGGGACGCCGUACAGGAAGUCGCACAGCGCGUUAACGAGGAGCGACGGCGCACAGAGGUCGUCAAGGACGUUUUGAAGCGUACAAACAAAGAUCUUCUUGUCCGCAUCAAGAGUAUCAGUCGCAGACGACCGCCACCGCCCGAUUCCGAUGAAAGUCUGCUCAUUUCACGACUUCAUACACAUAUAUUGCACAUACAGUCCUUUGCUAACCAGCUCUCACAGAACACUCUCGACUGGUCACAUUCUGUGGCUACAGCGAUGAACCAUCUUCGUCUGUUUGCUUUGUCCUUUGCCAGUGUCAUUGGCUUGACCGGGGAACUUCAGUCUGAUUCAUUCGGUGCCUUUAUGGGUCUCAUCACGAAUGUUUUAUUGCCUCUUACAACGACAUUGUCCCAGCAUCUCACCAAGAACUUGAUGAAUCCACUUACAGAUCUCCUUAACACCCUCACUAACCCCCUUCACCUGUUAAACACCCUCCAGAACACUCUAUUACCUUUGCAUACACACCUUAUCCACAUGCCUCUUUCGCAGAAGAACCGUCCGCCUCCCGACCUAAUUAAAGCCUCCAACGAAUAUCUCGCUCUGCGCGCCAAGCUAGCUGAGGAGCUCCCAAAAUAUGUAAGCAUGGCUGAGAAGGUCUUGUCAGGAUGCAUAAUACGUCUUGCGCGUGUGCAAGAAGCGUACUGGUUAGAUGCGGGGCUUGCAUGGCGGGACCUCUGGGACAUGCUGAGCGUAGAAGGGGAAGACCUGCAGACAGGUGACACCGUACGUGUAUGGUGGGAACGCUGGGAAGAAGUCGACGCUGUUCUGGCACGUUUCAGGAUUGUCGAGCGGCUGCGAAAGACGCCUACGCGACGUUCGUCCUCUGCAGCCUCAAUUCCGCGGGUCUCAUCACCAAUCCCUUUGAUGAGUUCGUCUAGUGCCAGCAUCAGGUCAAAAAUGACCAAGUCGAGCACAGAUUAUGAUUAUGAUAUUGGGUAUGACUAUGCAUGCGCAGCAAGGGUGGUGGAAAGCCCCCAGCCUCUUUCCCCUGUGCCAUCGCAGAAGAUCAGAAGACCCGGGACGCCUUCAAGUUCUUCGAUAAAGAGUAGGACUAGCAGUAGACGGAAGGACCUUCCGGGGAUGUAUAUGGUACGGGCGGUGUAUCCGUUCUCACCGUUGCAGGAGUACACCUAUGAGUCGUAUCCGUUUCUGAAGAUCACGGGGCCUGGUGAGGCUUACGAGGUCCUCCGUGAGGCCGGUCAUCCUAAACUGCAUAUCAGCAAGGGGCUGAGACUCUUUGCGAAUGACGACGAAGCAAAUGAGCCGGACAAUCUGUUAUUGGUAAGGCGAGUGGGGAGCGGGGGAAAAGGCGACGGUGAGGUAGGUUGGGUACUCGCUAGUUAUGUACGGCCUGUGUCGCUGUGAGAAAUUGUGCGGCACGGCGGGCGGUCGGGACCAGCGGAGUUUCCCCGAGGUUUUUCACACUGAUGUUUUUUUUUUGCUACAGCUGGAUUGCAGCCCUGCCAUUUCAUAUCCGAUACCCAGCACUGAUACCUGGAUAAUUUUAGAUCUGUUGUAGACCCCGCGCGUGUAUAUUAGUGAAGAACAAAGUUGGUGC